AGACCGGACGUCAAACAUAAAACAACGAAGCCGACAAGCAGAACCGGCUACGGCGCAGCUGAAACAUGUCUGCUUGACCGUUCUGAAGUACCGCGGACUCUCUUGUACUAUCACAUUUGCACGUCUCUUGUCAAACCAACGGCUUGGUAAGCCAGCAGGGAAUUGUCAUGCGACCCCAUCCGUCAAAAAGACUAAAGCUCGAUCUUGGUUCGUCAGGCAUCGCAGUUGACCUUCGGGACGAACUCGAUCGACUCCGCUCACAAGUACGGAGCUUACAGCGCCUAAACGAGAGCCUGCAGCUCCAACUCAAGAUAGGAGAUGACGUAAAUUCACGCAUGGGACGACAUAAUGUGGAAUUGGAGGAAGACAAUGAGCGCUUGCGGCGUGGUUUGGUGAAGGACACACCUGUAGCUAAGCGCAAUGGCGAGGCGCUGGCGGAGGAAGUUACGAGAUUGCGGCGUGAGUUGGGGGUGAUGGCGGAACAGAGAUAUGCUGCUCAGUCAGAGGUAGAGGAGCUACGAGAUCAGGCUAACCUCGCUGAUCAACUCAGAGAGGAAAAUGAGCGGUUGAAGCGUGACAUGGCAGCCGCGGACGAACAGAAAACGUGCGCGCAGACAGAUGCGAAAGAGUUGCGUCGCCAGGCCGAGUUGUUGGAUCCAGUCAAGAAGGCGAACGAGCGAUUGCAACGUGAGAUGGUGCUGGCGAAGGAACAUAUGAAGACGGUCCAGACAGAGCUGGAAGAUCUGCGACCCAAGGCCGCCUUAGUCGAUCGACUCAGCGACUCGAACGAUAAAAUGACGGAGGCAAUGAAGGAACAGACGCAGAAGUUGAAAGCUCAGACUUUUGUGGCCACUCACCUCACGGAAGAAAACAAGAGGUUACAGCGUGAGAUGGUCGUGGCGUUGGAGAAGAUGAAGAGCGCUCAGUCGGAGCUUGUGCAGUUCCAGAUUUACAACAACAAUUUGGCUGGUCAGCUUCAGCAGUGUAGCGCAAACAUGCUCGAUUCGGAAAGGGCUAGGAGCGCCUUGUUGAUUACAGCUAGUCAAGCACAGGGAGUGAAAGGAAACCAGCUGGUCGCCGACCUACAGAAAAUGCUUGCAACGGUUCACCAGACGAACCAAAAACUUCUCCAGAAACUUCAAGAGCAAGGGAAAGAAUCCAACGCAACGAUUGAUGCUCAAAAGCUUGAGAUCGCAAGGUUGCAGAAAACCCUUAUGGAUGCUGCGCCGAUGCCGCAAGCGAAUGAUCAAGUGAGCGCCGUGGCACCUUUGCAGGUCACGGCAGACCCGAGCCUCAUUGAAAUGCAGAAAACUUUAGUGUCAAGUCUCGAGGCGAAUCGCGGUCUUCACCAGCAAGUCGCAGGUCUAGAGGCGGAGCUAUCUCAUUGGAAAAGCAAAUCUAGGGAAGAUGAUGUCCAGGUCGCAGAGUUCUCCAAAAACAACAUUCUCUUGGAGGUGGAAGUGCAGAAAUUGAAGGAAAAGCUGAAGAAAGCUGAGGCGGACAAGGAAGACACUGUGAAAUCGAUAAACGCGUACUUUACUGCGAUUAUUCGGAAGAAGCGGAAGGCGGAAGCUACAGUCAAGGUUCAGCAAACCGAGCUGGCGACUCUGAAGGGUGCGGGCGCUCGCUUGAAGGAGGAGGUAACGACGUUGAAGAAGCAGCUGGAGCAAGCGGGUAGCGACAAGAAGAACCACGCUGCGCCUUCACAGGAUUUGAAAGAAGUGAAAGGACAAAGCUUUACGAAUGAACUUGUCCAUAGAAUCCAGGACGCAACGAAACAAGUAGACAAGCUGAAAUCUGACCUACAUGUGCAGGUUACGAGGUUUCGCAAAGAGUUAGAUCAAGCAGAGAAGGAGAAGGAGCAACUAAGAGUCAAAGGAGAGGCAAAAGCUGAGGUUCAGAGGAUUAUGAUCGAGAAGUUGCAGAAAAACAGCGUUAGUCCUUCGACGGUAAUGGCCGUUAACGUGGAACGCGCGUCGUUAAAGAUGAAGCUGGAUCAAGCGGAGCGCGAUAAGAUGAGCGCCGAAACCUCAUUACGAAAGUGUAGGAGCGAAGCCCAGCAGCAGAAGCUCGAGUAUCAGUCUCUGAUUGCCGAAAGCUUGAGGAUGCAGGCUAGGGCAGUGAGUUCAGAGAGGAGGCAUAACAAGCAGAUGAACACGCUUGGUGGCACGAAUACGAAUCUGGCCCAUAGAAUGGGGCACCUUAUGGCAUUGGUAAACCAGCGCGAACAACAUCUGUUGGCUCUUCAGCGGGAACUACAAGAGUCAAGGAGGUCCUCACAGCCGCAGAUGCCCGGGACUGUUCUCUGGACUGCACCAGCACCACGCGGGCCUAUCAGUCCUCAAAUCAAAUCACCGGAACAACUCGAGAGUGACAGCUUACGCACACAAAUCACAACCCUGGAAAGCCUUUGUGGCGAGCAACAAGCGCAGAUCGAGGUCUUACUCGGCGAGAAUGAGGACUUCAAGAUGCAGAUCCCGUUGUUGAGGGCGAGGAUGGAUAAUAUUGAAGGAGGGUUUUGUGAGCGGUGUACGGAGUUUGAGACACAGGUGAAGGAAUUGAAGGAGGAGUCGGCGGAGGAGCAGGGGCGCGUGGUGAACUUUGAGGAGGAAACGGAUCUGCUCGAGGGACAGUGGGAUAGUGGUGACCUUGCGGAUGCAGGUGGGUGAUUGUAUGAGUUGAUAGAUGAAUGGCAAGAAGUAGCUAUAUGAGGUAAGGGAUCUCAGAGCAUCUUCUUGCGGUAUCGAUUUUUAGAGUAAUUGGUAUCUUGGUUAUAGCUAGCGCAAUGCGGACUCGAGGCCUAGGGUCCGAGGGCGGGCUUGAUAUGAAUUGAUUCUUCUGUGGCACCCAGCACUUGCUCAACAGAGAUGCGAAAACCAUGUUAGAAACCUUCUCAACUUCUCUC